ACUGUUAUAUUCUUUUGAGUAUUAAGAUGCCUUUCCUCAGUCCAGACUGGAGAUGUCCUGGAGAUCAGUGGCUAAAGACAAACGAAAGUGGCAGCAUGUGGGAAAAUGCCAAAAUUUAUCGGCUCAGAAUGUUUGAAACCAUUAAUGAGAAUGUUGUAAAGCGGUUUGUAGUUUAUUUUUUUAAUUAUUCGUGAUGUUAGACUGUGUCGGCAAACAUUAGAAGAUGAAAUGAAGUCAACACCGUAUGUUAGUGAAUACCUUAAAGCCGUUUUUUACCAACCAUACAUACACCUUCAAGCAGGGACUACUCGUGAGGUUUGUUACGAUAACCACCCAUAAAGUGGCUGUAGAUCGCUACAACAACAACAAUUAGUGAGGCUCUCCUAAAGCUCGAUACCAAAGCUGCUUUAAGAGACAUAAGAAGAUUUGAUUAUAUAUGCAAAAGCACUUUCACAGGUUAGCCGGAAGGUUACAGCUCUUCCUAAUUGAACUUCUAAAAGAGGUGCUCAAACAAGGUUCUUGUGUUGUCUAAUACUUAAAUAAUUUAGUUCAAGCUAGUUGCAACCAGACAGAACGUUUUCGAAAGCUUUUGGAUGCAUUAAGAGAAAAUCUAGAGAAAAAUGAAUAUGAUCAUAUUGGAAGUGCCUUACUUUGGCAGAAUCAUAAAAAGCCCUAAAUGAGAUGUACAUUCGUAUCGACGAAUUUGAUAUUGAAAAAAAAAUUCAAUCAUUUACAACCUGUCCGCCUUACAAGCUCAGGUCCUUGAGUGUACGUGAAAACUCUUCAGAAGAAGGCAUAAAACUUGAAAGACUUCCAUCUGAAUGUUUGACUCAUGUCCUGACCUAUAUAAACUCUCCUCAGGAUCUUGAAACGGCGUCUUUGGCUUCAAGUGCACUAGCCAGUGUAGUUGCAGAUAAAUACUUCUGGAAAACUUUAACACUAGCACACUUUGAUAUAAGUCAGAUACCAACCGUUAAUUAUGGUCUCCCUGGAUGGCAUACUCGAUCUCCAGCAUCAAUUGAUGAUUGUGAUUGGAACGAGCCUAUGUCAGAUUGCUCAAAAUAUACGGAGACAAUCAUAUUUAUCCAGCUAAGCUAGCUGUCUGCGAAGUUUGCUUCUGUUUGUUUUGGCCGGUGAGUCACAUACCUAAUUUUCUCUCUCUCUAUAUAUAUAUAUACCUUUCCAAUGUUUAUUGGUACUCCAACUGCCUAAUCACUAAUUCUGAAAAGCAACCUGUUUCGCUAAUUUUAUUUACCUAUUUUUACUUGAUCACAUGCAUCCGUGUAUAUAAGGGGGACGAAAAUGGCCCACAUAAAUGAAAAGUAUGGUAGUUCAAUCAAUAAACAAGUGAACAAAAAUAAUACUUGGUAGAUAUAGAGCUAAAGAUUUUUUCUCAGUUUAUGAAACUCAUAUCAAUUUUAUGAGGUUUAAAAAAGAACUGCCGCAGAAUCACCGAUAACUUCUGUCCUGAACCAUACCUGAUAACAUCUCAAGCCACCGAGUUACAUGGCUGUUGGGACCCUAAAUAAGGAAUCACAGUGGACUGGCAGGUACAAGUGGUAUACAGUUAUCUUCCAUACCAUGAUGCCAUGCCAUAAACUGGCCUUACCUCCCUUUUCUUCACCAUUAUUCAAUACCUUCACGAUAUAUUCAGUCGAGUGAUAAGUAAUGAUGUCUAUUGCAUCAACUAAGUCUCCAGAAUUGUGACGGAUUUAUGGCAAUAAAUAUCCUUUCUCAAAGACAGCAAGUUUAGCUAUCAUUCCAAAUUUCACGAAACUAGAAAUAUAUUCUUAUUCGUGAAAAGAUCCAUACUUUAGGAAUCUAUUGAUCUCUUUUGUUCAAAAAUUAAAUAUGGUCGUUAGAAAAUUGUCAUCACAUGUAAUGCCUAAUUACGUAUACGUAAAUAAAGAAACGGAAUCUUAGUCCUAAUAUUAUUUAGCAAAUAUUUAAAUUAUAUUGUGGAUUUUUAGUUAGUAAGAUCGUAAAAUUAAAUCAUUGUAGAAUAAGUUAUUAAGGAGGUAGAUACUUACAUAUAACCUCCAGGACAACUGUGAAACACGAUUCUUUUUAAUGUUUAACUACUCCCAAGCAACAAAAAACAUAUGGUAUACCACCCAAUAAAGUGUUGAAUGAAAUAAACUAAACUUAAGAUCUCGAAAGUGCAAAACAUCUUUAUCGUUGGUUUCCAAUAUGUUGCAUAAAAUCCCUUGACUCAGUUACUAGUGAUUAGUAUGAGCUUAAUAACAAUAGUUACCAGUUUUUCUUUGAGUGAACAAAAUAUGCUCUAUUCAUGUACAAUAUUGUACUGAAUCAAUUUGUUAGAGGUUUUUAAAAUAGUAUGUGUUUAUUUUACGGCUUUGUCACAAUAAUCAGUGUAUUUUAAGAUAUUAUUUUUCCCUAAAAAGUUUUAUAAACAGGGGUUUUGCUUAUAACGUCUAGGUAGGGCGUUUUCAAUGAAUAAUUUAUUUCUCAAUAAUCUUUCCUAUAAAAUAAACCAUUUUAAUUUUUUUUAAAUUCACUUGCAUUGUACGUUUGAAUUUGUACUGAUGAACUGUAUUUUGAUUAUGUCAUUAAAACAACUCAAAAUUCUGUUUUUAUUGCGAUAAAUAAUAUUUUUAAAUUACAUCCUAAUACAUAUAUUGAAGAUAGUUCUUAAUUAGAUGUCAUUAUUUGAAUAACAGUUUAUCCUCCUAUCCGCAGAAAUAACUUGCAGCAGUUUGGAAGACUCUCCCGGUCUCCCACAUUGUAUGAACAUUCCAUGUACCUAAAUAAAUGGUUGCUCUGGUUGUCAGAAGGGGCAUCGGCCUCGUGACUUUCGAAGGAACUCGGCUUUCGUCAUGAGGUGUCAUAACUCUUCUAAAUGAAGACCUUCUGACUUCCAGGGCAGAGUUUAAAAGGUUUGAAUAACUUUUCUGGUUAGCGUUUUUUUUAGCGCGUUGGUUUUCUACGGUAUGGGGUCGCUAACCCCAUGCCCAACCCUCCCUCUUUAUCCAGGCUUGGGGCCGGCAGUAGCCCCCAGAGGGACUCCAGGCGGAGUUGCAGAAAUAACUUGGGAAUGUGUUUAUUGAUUGAAUACUAUUUAGACAUUUGUGCAACGAUCAUACAUAAGUUAACUUAUAAUAGAUUAUUGAUUUCCUUAAUUAUUAAGUAAUGAUAGGAUGAAUGUAAAACACAGGAAUUUUAUUUGAUUUCAAAAGUCCUUUAAAGGAUAUAUUAUCUAAAAGUAACAUUUAUUCAGUAUAUUCUAGUUUUUCUUUGAUUCAUGAAGAAAAAAAUGUAUAUUUUCAAUUGAAUUAACAUAUCAGCUUGAACAACAUUCCAAAAUGUGUACACAAAGUUUUCUUCAUAUUUAAUAAUCACCGGAUAUUUUAUUAGAAAGAAGUUCUAUCUUUCAUCUUGAUUACACAAAUUGUUAUGACUUUAUGUCUUAAAGGUUACUCGUGAUUUAAUCUUCACUCGGAUAUAACAAAAAUCAUACAUUUUUUUAAAAAAAAAUAGUAAUUUUAAUCUUUUGAAUUAUUAUAGAUGUUUGGACAUCCUUGCCAUUAUCCUGAUAAAGAACAACGUAUCCGUCUUCUUACUCCAAAUGAAUUUAUUGCGCUCUUCCAGAUCUAAUAGUAUAAUUCAUACAUGAAAACAUUUGAGUGCCUUCAGUUUAUUUACUUCAGUCAUAAAUCUUUUUUUUUUAAUAACAAUAAUCUAGUUUUUCAUUUGUUUGUUUGUUUGUUUUUUCAAAAAAAAAGAGGAACAAUAGUCUGUAUUUAUUCUCAUUUUCAUCUCAU